UAAUGAUAAUAAAAUAAUCGGUAGGAAGGAUAACCUUUGCCCUCUCCCUCUCUCUCUCUCUCGUCUCUCCUUUUGGAGACCCAAAACGCAAAAAUGGCUGUUCCAUUUUCUUCAAUUCAUCACACCAAAGGGUUUUCAUUAUUAUUAGUACAACAACAACCACUACACCUCCCAUCCCGAUUAAAUUUCUUAUCUCCUAGAAGAUUCAUAUGCCCAACAAAAAGAGUCCCAAACCUACGGUUUCAAAAAUAUCGAGCCUCUUAUAUGUUAGAAGUUACAGUGCCUAGCAUUGAUAUCCCUAUAUCAUCUUCACUCAACUCCACUGAACUUAUAAGUCACGUAUCAGAUGCCAUGCCAGAUUAUAUCCAAAGUUUAGUUUUGAUGGAUCUGGAUCCGGGGACAGCUAAGUUAGCAAUAGCGCUGUUGGGGCCUUUCCUGUCAGCAUUCUCGUUCCUCUUCAUUGUAAGAAUUGUGAUGUCAUGGUAUCCAAAGAUUCCAGUUGGGAAGUUUCCAUAUGUUGUGGCAUAUGCCCCGACAGAGCCAAUUUUAACUGUGACCCGGAAGGUGAUUCCGCCCCUUGGUGGAGUUGAUGUAACUCCUGUGGUUUGGUUCGGUUUGAUUAGUUUUCUUAAUGAAAUAUUAGUUGGUCCUCAAGGCUUACUUGUCCUCUUAUCUCAACAGGUUUAGAUUAUGUACCGAGUUGUAAAAAAACAUCUACAAUUUUUUGGACCCUACCUAUGUCAAUAAAACACAGUUUGCUUGA